AUGCGCAAGAACCUCGAGACCUUCAACGAGCGUCUGGCCAUGGUCGAGGGCAUGCUGCAGCAGGACGAGGCGGACAAGGAGAGCAUGCCGAACCUCCUGCCGAUACACUACGAGCUCACGCAGCUAAGGAAUAUUCGGGACGACGCAAUGGAACAGAUACAGAGGGCCGAGGAUCCGAGCCUCGAGUCGACGCUCGAAGACUACUUUCAGAGGCUCGACCUCAUGAUCGACUGGUUCGAUGACCACAUUGGCCUGCUGGCGCUGAACCUUAUCAGCCUUGUCGUCAAUGACAACAACGGUCUUGUCGUGCGCUUUGCCGUCGUCAUCGAGGCGGAAGAGAAGAGCGACCAGCGCGUGCUAGCCCUGCAGGAGGCCCUGAAAGACCACAAGGAGAUGGCGACGAGGUUCCAGAGCAUCACGGACGGAGCCAAGAAGGUCCGCGGUUAUAAGGACAAGUUUCUACAGGCGAUCAAGAUCAAUGCCGAGGGGCAGUUUGGCGAGGCCCGAGGCGAGUUCCUGGACGACCCGUCGCAGCUGUCACAGGCGCUGCAGUGGUACUUCAAUGACCUCAACGCUGUCAAGAUUGGCAUGACGCCUCUGAUGCCAAAGAAGUGGAAGAUUCUCAAGAUCUAUGGACAGAUUUACCACGAGCUGAUGCGCGACUUCCUCGUCGGCAUGAUCGAUGACCCUGAAUCGAGCUCGGGCAACACACUCGAGAUCAUCAACUACCCCGAGAAGUACUACAAGAGGAUGACCAAGCUGGGUUUCCGCCAGGACGAGCUGAUGCCGCAUGUCAUUGAUAAUCGGGAGGGCGAGCUCGUGCGGGAGUUCCGACAGCUCAUCAUCAAGUUCCUGGACGAGUGGCUCGAUCGCAUCUUUGCCCAGGAGAAGAAGGACUUUGCCGAGCGAGUUGUCGAGGGAUCCAACCUGGAUCAGGACGAGUACGGCUACUUCCGAACCAAGAACCUUGUCGACAUGUGGCGCAUGCUGCGCGAGCAGGUGGAUGCAGCAGCCAACUCGAAGCGUACCGACGUGAUCGAGGGCGUCAUCGAUGCCAUGUUUCUGCGACUGCGCGUGCGGCAACAGACGUGGCAAAAGCUGCUCGAGGACGAGGCACUCAAGUACGAGUCGGGAAAAGACCCGGAGCUCGAGGGAUUUCAAGCGCUGCAGGACUGGCUCGUGGGCACGGCCAACGACCAGAUCGCCUGCAUCGACGACAGCGAGGAGGAGAACAAGAUGGCAUACCUAUCCAACUUCCGACAAAAGUUCGAGACGGUCGUGUCACCUGCGUAUAUGGAGCGGGCGAACGGCGAAAUCCUUGCGCUGCGGGACGGCUAUGUCGACUUUAGCACGUGGUGCAUCACCAAGUUUGUGCAGCUCAUCUUCGUCAUUGACUUCAAGUUGGUGAUGCCCGACUUCUUCACACCAAAGUGGUAUGGUAGCUCGGCGAUGAAGCAGAUGGUGGUUACGUUCGAGGAGUACGUAGGAGACUACCGACAGGUGCUUCACCACUCGCUCGUGGACAUCUUCACCGAGGUGUUCGCCGACGAGCUCCUGAUCCGCUACCUCACAUCAGUGCGGAACAAGGGGGCCAAAUUCAAGCGCACCGAGCCAUUCCAGGACAAGCUGUUCGACGAUAUUUCGACGGCAUUCAACUUCUUCGACAGCCUACCCAACCAGGACGUGGCCAACGCCGUCAAGCAAACUUGGAGGGUGACAGAGCCCUUCCUGCAGCUCCUCACGGUUGCCAAGGACGCUGUGCCGGAUGCAUUCGAGUCGUUCAAGCGCGAGUACUGGGAUCUGCAAAUCAGCUGGGUCGAAUCAGUGGUAAGGGCGCGCGAUGACUUUGACAGGUCCAUGUUGAACGCCGUCAAGGCAAGGGCGGCACAGGUGGACGUGGAGCGCACGGGCGAGACUAUCAUGAGCAGGGUUAAGUGA